GAUGAAAAAAAAUUGUUUGUUGGAAGUAAUUAUGCAUUAGGUGGAAAUACUUUGCAUAAUACCACAAAGGGAUCAAAUGAAUUAAAACCUCGUUAAAAGUUUUGGACAGUCUUAAUCGAGACUGUUUAAGUUGAUAAAAAAAAAGUUUUAGAAAAAAAAAAUUAUAACACAAAAAUAACUUUUUUGAGAAUUUCUAUAAAAAAAUUAAAUUUUUAGAAAAUUAAUUGAGUUUAUUGAAUUAUUAGUAGUUUAAUUUAGUGAAAAUUAAUAAUUAUAGAUAACAAUAUAUUUAUGAUAUAGAUUUAUUUUGUUUUUAAUAUGUGUGAACAAAUGAAUGGAGAAAGUAUAAUGUAAUGUAUCUUACUUCAGUGAUUAAAACCUUGUGUUAAAAAAACUCUAGUUAAAGUUUGAGGAAGGCCAUGAAAGCUUAUUGAGUCACAUCAACUCUACAUAUGGCUUUCAUUCUCUUCUUACCUGCCGACUGCCUAUACAUUCAUUAUGAAGAUCACAAGAUGGCUUUGUGAGAACAACAUACAUUAAAGCCAAAGCUACUUCAAUUUAUUAUUUAUUAUUAUUAAUAUUUUUGUAUCCUACUGAUACCAGAAGAGUGAAGAGAAGUUUCUGGUAAUACAAGAGAUACACAAGAGCUUAUGUUGAGUUUGGAUAUCAAGCCAGGCGGUGGAUGAUUCAUGCUUUGGUGAAACGUGUACUUAUCGUAGCAAUUGCCAAUACAUCCUUUUCGAUGCUAGCAAAUCACUUUUGUUCCUAUACAAGCAUGCAAGUACAUGUUUUAUGUCAUGGGUCAUAACAGCUUCUGAGGUACGUAUAUUCCAAGGGGCAUUAAGUUUAAUAAGUUCAAAAGAAGAAGAUCUAAAAUCUAAUCGUUCUGAUGUGCCUCCGGCCUUAGUGGUAGAUUAAAAAUCUCCUAGCAUCUAUAGAAACCACAAGUUAGUCAGCAGCUAAAGGAUUAUAAAAUUAAAGCUCAUGGAUCGGCAUUUUUAACAUUUGUGUAGGAAUAUACUCUUUGAGUUUUUUUGAGUCAAAGCUCGCCCAAGGGAAUAUAUACUUGAAGCAUAGUUCAAAGAGAAAUUUAUUAGGAUAUCAAUUUUUAAGUUUUUGUCAUAAAAAUAGUUUUUAAUAAAGAAAAUGACUAAAAUAAAUUUUAUUUUACUUUAGGGUUAAUCGGUUAACUAAUCUAGACUUAGGUUUUAGAAUCAAGAGAUAAUAUUUUGGGGAUAUAAUUUCAAAUUUAAAAAUACAAAAAAUAAAUAUUAAAAUUUUCAAAAUAAAAAAAAAUAUUUUGAGCAUUUUCUUUUUUAAAAAUUAUUUUUGUGAUAAAAAUUUAAAAUGACGAUUCAAGAGAAUUGUCUUAGUUCAAAAUGAUUCCACGGUAAAGCGAGUGACAUGACUCUUUAUUAAUCUAUGCUAAAGAUGCACUAUUCUCAACAGUAAGAAUAGAUAACGAAAUCAAGAUUGUUGAUGAAACAAAUGAUCAAGCAAUCUGUCAAAUACGAGUCUUUUUAAUUCAGUGAUUGAUUAGUUGAUUAGUGUUUUAAUCAUUUCUUAGAUAGAUCUCCUUCACACACCUUUGAAAAGUCCAAAACCUUUACGCAAUUUUUGUUUUUCUUCUUAAGAAGUGAAAAACAGGCAACGAUGAGGCUUUUACUUCCACGCAACUGAAAGAAUAAAAAGACACACAAAGUUGAGUCAACGUCGUCCUUUGUAAUAAUACUGAAGUAUUUGACCGACCAAUCCAUAACCGCUUGUGACUGUUUUUUUUCUUUCUUCUUAAAAACUUUUGAGAUUAAAAAGAAAAAGUCCAAGACUUUUAUUGGUCUAGUUAUUUCGUUUUUUGGGGUUUGGAGGGAUGCCAACAUGGUGGUGGUCCAAUCCCCUUUUGAUUUGUUGUUGUUGUUGUUGAAUCCCUUUUUGUCUUUUGAGAUUUCCUUCCUUUCGUUCAUACCACUCUCCUUGACUUUCUUCUUCCCUUUUUAACAUUGAUUCUCGUGUUCCCUCUUACUUGCUUUGUCUUUUCACUGUUCUCUCUGUCGUGAAUCCCCAUCUCUAUUCUCGUCUUCUGGGUUAUUAGUUACCCUCGCUAGUUUUGGAUCAAAGUCUCUCAACUCCUCAGUGGCAUGAUCUUCUCGAACACUUUAUCUUGAGGUCUUUUGGAGUAUAUAUAUAUUUAAAAAAAAGUUAUGGGGAGUUUUUGCUCCAAGAGCCUAGGAAUCAAUAUUGGCAGUGAGUAUUCAGGUUCAAGUGUAGCUGAUGAUGUUUCACCUAGGCAAGGUCCUGGUACGAGGCAGUGUAUGGUUAAAGACGAUAAGGAACAAAGCCAGUUGAAAGAUGUAUUCUCUUUCCGCGAAAAGGAAGGAGUUGAAGAAGAUCAUUUAUACGAUGGGAUUCCGAGGUUACCUCCACCGCAGAAACCUCGGUCUACAAGAUAUACUCAAACCGCUGUUUCAAAGGUUACAGAGGCGAGUAUGCUUCUAGGGAAAGCGGGCUUAGGUAAAGCCAAAGAUGUUUUGGAUACACUAGGGAGUAGCAUGACGGAUCUAAGCAGCGGUGGAUUUGCUUCUGGAGUUGCAACUAAAGGUGAAGAACUUGAGAUCUUAGCCUUUGAAGUAGCGAACACUAUUGUCAAGAGCUCAAAUCUCAUUGAAUCACUUUCUAAGGAGAACAUCAUGCAUUUGAAAGAAACUGUUCUAUACUCUCAAGGUGUUCAGAAUCUUGUCUCGAAUGAUUUUGAUGAGCUCCUCAGACUUGUUGCUGCUGAUAAGAGGCAGGAGCUGGAAGUUUUCUUGGGAGAAGUGGUUCGGUUUGGUAACCGAUCUAAAGACUUUCAGUGGCAUAAUUUGCAGCGCUACUUCGACAGGAUCAGCAAAGAACUAACCCCUCAAAGACAGUUGAAUGAAGACGCUGUGUUAGUUGUUAAGCAACUGAUGGUUCUAGUGCAGUAUACAGCUGAACUAUACCAAGAACUCCAAGUAUUGGAUCGGUUGCAGAAAGACUAUGACCAAAAGCGCCGAGAAGAAGAGAACUCAGCUGGUAGCAGUAAAGGUGAUGGUCUUGCAAUCUUGAAAACGGAACUUAAAUCCCAGAAAAAGGUAGUAAAAAGCUUAAAGAAAAAGUCCUUGUGGUGCAGAGGUUUUGAAGAGGUGAUGGAGAAACUGGUAGACAUUGUACAUUUCUUGUUGCUAGAGAUUCAUAAUAUCUUCGGUGAUUCUGAUGAUAAACCAUUGAAGAAAGGAGCUGCAGAUUCUGAUAAAAGAUUGGGGCCUGCUGGUCUUGCGUUACAUUAUGCAAGUAUGAUUGUGCAGAUUGAUACACUUGUCGCCCGUUCAAGCUCUAUAACUUCAAAUGCAAGAGAUUCUCUAUACCAAAGCUUGCCACCUACUAUAAAACUAGCUCUUCGUUCCAAAAUAAAAUCUUUCAAAGUCGAUAAGGAGCUUUCGGUUACACAAAUUAAGGAUGAGAUGGAGAGGACACUGCAUUGGCUUGUCCCUAUUGCAGCCAACACAACCAAAGCUCAUCAUGGUUUCGGUUGGGUUGGAGAGUGGGGAAGUGCAGGGACUGACUUCACGAGUAAGCCUAGUGGUGGAGAUACACUAAGGAUCGAGACACUCUAUCACGCUAGCAAAGAAAAGACAGAGAACUACAUUCUCGGACAGAUCAUUUGGUUACAGCAUUUGGUUACAAAAGCAAAGAGCGACGCUCAAGGAGCUUCUAGACUUUCUUCUAUCAAAUCCUCGUUUAAUAGUACGAACCAGCAGUUGACAUCUGAACCACUCGGUGUCCCAUUAGUAACGGUUGAGGAGCAAAAGAUGUUACAUGAUGUGAUCAAAAGAAAGAAUACUCCAUGUGUUAGCAAGAGUCAAGACUUUGAUUCUGAGCACUACUCGCGGGUGAGGAAGUGUGACCCUUUGAGCAAAAGCAGUGAGUAUUUUCGUGGAGUGAGGAGAAGCAAAUCAGCUGCUGCUAUGAAGAGGUUUUCUUCUGGUUUUUCACUUGUUGAUUUUGUUAUCGACAAGGAAAAAGCUUUGGAUGUGAUUGAUAGGGUCGAUGUGCUGAGAGAUUAUAGAGCAUUGUUGAAAGAAGGUAGCUUGAGCUUCUAGUGGAGAGUGGUGUUUUAGUGGACUCAUAUAUGCUUAGUUGUAUAUAAGAUAAAGGCUAUGGAAGAAGCUGUUACGUGACAACAUGUUAGAUCAUAUACAAUUAUACACUUUUCAGAAAACUA